AGUUUAAUAGCUAAUAGUAAUACACAGCGUAGCCCAUAGAAGUGGUCAUCGCCAAGUGCUUAUGAUAUUCCCAAAGUUUGGGUUAUUUCUCCAGGUCAGUUACCAGUACAGGUGGGAAACUUGUUGGUGCCCUCAGCAAUUGGCUAUGUAGCUACUCGUCAUAUUAAGUGAAGCAAAGUUAAUCAUCUGUGUGGGAAUUAUAAAGCUUAUUUUCGGUGGAACCCGUCUAACAUAGAAUCGACUCACUCACAGGGCAUUAAUCACGCCGCAGCCAGCCGCGUGGAGGAUCAUCAGUUAGUGGUGAAUCGUCGAGCUCAGCUCCGGGUACGGUACUCUGCAAGUGUUCGUAAACCAAAUUCGGCCUCGGUCUGUCAUGGUCUGAGGUUAGCCUUGUGCAAAUCUGUCAACAAAACUGGGUUUUGGCCAUCUUGCUUUAGCAUCUUGUACCAACUAUCACGCCCAGUUUAGCACAUGUUGUGCUCAGCAAAUUUCACACCACUUUUUAAGUUUAUUGAAUGACUUGUGUCAAACUUGUUAUUGUUUACCGUACGAGAGAAUACAAAAUCAUACGGCAGCAAACUUUUUCUACACUUGACAUUCAAAGACUUCUUGUAGCAGAUGGGCAUGGAGGAAACUAAUACUGCUACUUCUUCUACUGCUAAUGCUACAUCUAGUGCCAGUAACACCAAAGCAAAGAUGAAGGUCUAUAAGAUUGUAUUACUUGGACAGGGAGGUGUAGGGAAAAGUGCUUUGACACUUCAGUUUGUGACACACAGCUUCCUAGAGUACCACGAUCCUACGAUAGAGGAUGCUUAUCUUCAGCAAGCUGUCAUCGAUGGCGAAGUAGGUCAACUGGACAUCCUAGAUACAGCUGGACAGGCCGAGUUCACAGCAAUGCGUGAUCAGUACAUGAGGAGGGGUGAGGGAUUCAUCAUCUGUUAUUCUAUAACAGAUAGGAGGAGCUUCCAGGAGGCUGCCGAGUUUAAGAAAGACAUUGAAAGAGUCAGAAACAGAGAGGAUAUACCUAUUGUCCUCGUCGGAAACAAGUAUGACCUUGAGCAAUAUCGAGUGGUGCAACCUGAAGAAGGCCAUGCCUUGGCUCGGGAGUUCAACUGUCCUUUCUUUGAGACUUCGGCAGCUCUGAGGCACUUUGUGGACGAUGUCUUCCACACUCUCGUCAGGGAAAUCAGGAAGAAGGAACGGGCGGAGAUCCAGGCACUGGAGAAGCGGUCAAAGAGAAAGAGCCGUGGCAUGAGUCUGCACAAGAUUGCCAGGAGGGUGUUCAAGAAGCAACAGAGUGGGUCGUCAUCGUCGUGAGCCAAUAACUGACAGAGUAAAUUAAUAGGAGAUCAGAGACUCCCCUCCGCCUAGCACGCUCUAUCUCUCAAUCUCUCUCCCUGUAUUAUGUGUGUGACUCAAGCGAGGGAGUGGCAGCCUGUGAUGCAUCUGUGGUUUGUGUGUCACCCCAAGUAAAUCAUUGAACGGCUUCGUUGUCAUCGUGCGAGAGAUGCGGCGCCCCCAUGAGGGAAGCACAUCAUCAGAGACCUUGUGAAAGGACAGAACCCCCGUGAAGUCUGCCAUCCUGGAUAAUUAACCAGAGUAUAUGAAUGGUGUUACAAAGAGGCUCCACAAACACAAUCCUCUAGCCCCUUACCAUGGCCUUCUACUGCGUGUCACUGAAAUGGCAAGGAACUUGACACCUGUUGAACAGAUGGAAAUGUUUAUAGUGAAAAACAAAGGGUCAAAAGGUUGCCUAACUAAAUACAUGAAAGUGAAGAGAGAAACAAAAACAAUGACAAAAAUAUAUGCUGCCCAGCUAUCUCCAAAGUUACAGACUCUUGAAAUUAUUGGGAAAAGAGCCAGAAUUUUUGAAGGUUGAUGGGACUUUCAGUUUCAGAUGAAAAUGCUGCAACAUGUUUAGUAUGAAAAGAAUUCCCUCAGAGACUGCUCGAGGAAGUGAAUGACUGUGGGGAUUUAUAUUCUAAAGAAAGGGUUCGUCAGAACAUUUAAAGACAUUUUGAUAUUGGGAUGAUCCAGAAGAUGUUGCAUAUGUGUGGAUGGAUAAGCACAAUUUUAGUCAACCUGUUAAGGUUUCUGCAUGUUAGAUGAAUUUUUUGAACUCUUCUCUUGUUUCGUGUUUCUGUUUAUUUUUGUAUCCAAGUGUUGGUUGUUGUUCACAUUCACACAUUGUCUUCUGCAUGUAGAUGUCUACCAUUUGUCUUUUUUGUGUGUGUGUGUGUGUGUGUCUUGUAACUUGCUGAUAAAUAUGUCUCCAAUAGUGAAUUGAAAGGAAUGGUAUGAUGUAGAAUUUUACAAGUUGUAUGCUAUUCUUACUUAUAAGCUAUGUGACAUGGGCCUAUAGAUGUUAAACAAAUUGUGUUUAAAAUAUGUUUUAAAGUUGACCAGUGAAGUGGGUCAAAGACUUCUUGUCACAAAUUCGGUCCUUUCUGUGCAAUUGAUUUCUAUGUGUUUAGUUUUAGCAAGAUUUUGGAAUGAUUUGAUAUUACAGAAUAUAGAAACAUAUAUCAAUGAGAUGUGUUGAUAGAAAAUUUCAUGAGUAAUGAUCAAUUGUGCUGCAAAGCUGGUUCCAGAUGAUUAUGCUGUAAAGAUUUAAUGAAAUCCUCCAUGAUGGAAUAAACAUUUUUGAUCGUGAAUGAUCAGAAAUUCAAGCAGGUAAUGAGAACCUAGAACAUGAUAAUGUUGUCGUACAUAAAUUUUAUUCAAACACAUGCAUUCUUAUGAUUUCUUCAUAUACAUACAUGUAUUUUACCUAUCUAAAAGUAAAAUAGCGUAAUGCACCAGUUGUAAUCCAUUUGCUCUUCAACGCGUGAUUAAAAUUACUAAUCUGUCAGAAGAAAUCAUGAUGAGGUUUGCUUACUGGUAAGGGCCUAAUGGACAAUACUCCAAAUCAAUGUGAUUUCUAAAACAAACAGUUGGGCAUGGACAGGAGCACUCAUUCACUUUAUCUGCAGAAUCAUGAUCCCCUGCCAUGCGACACCCCAUCUUCCAGGAACUCAAACCAAUUAACUCAUUAAUGCCAGUCAUGCUGCGUGUGGAGCAACCUGUCUUGUUUUGAUGACGAUGACAUUUCCAAUUAAGCCAAUUUAUUCCAUUCCAUCUACCAAGACCAAUUAGUAUACCUGUUGAGGAUUCACAGAAACAAUCGUAUUGAGCCAAAAACACAUUCACUUGAUGAAUCCUAUAUCUCUUUUAUCUAAUGCACCGUUGGUCCCAAUCCCACAUGGCUAAAUUCCAUUUUGCCCCCCCCCCCCAUCUACACUCACACACAAUUGAAACAGCAAGUUCAAUAUGCUAGUCUUGUGUGAAGACUCAUUGAUCAUAUUACAUAUUGCAGAGAGUUGCAAUUGAUUCAAAUGAAACUCAAAUUGAAAUAAUUCUCACGUUCCAUUCCUUUAGUACAUAACUGAGUUUGAUUCCAAUUUCACUUUGAUGAAUAGCAACUCUUUGUAAGACUUUCUCUGUUCAUGAAUGUAAAUUUAAAAUGUGGCAUUUGGUGUAGUCCUUGAUGGCUUUUAGGGUUACAUAACAGGUUGAAAUGACUGCACUGGACUUUAUGUUUACAUGUAUUACUCUUGCAAUUAGCUAGACCUAUCCUCACCUUAUAAUUGACAAAUAAAAAAAUAAUGAGAUGUCCUAAAGGCUAAAGGCAGUCCUAAGAUAUAGAUGCAUUAAGUUUAGUAGUUGUUAUACAUGUACAUGUAUGCUAUGGGCACCAUGUAUGAAAAAAGCAAGUACUUGGUAGCCCAUAACAAUAAAAGAAUGGAAGAUAUCAAUGAAAUUAAUAUUUUUUUUAAUGAUGUUAACGAUGAUUAUAAAGACAUGUUUAGGUGCUCAGUUUUACAACUACAUGUAAUAAUAGAUGCAGAAAAUGCCUUCCCCCCCUUCUGUAUGGUGAAGAGCUUAACUGUUAAAAGUUGGUCAUUACAUGCAUUGUGAGUCUGCCUUGAAAUUAUUCCUUGAUAACCUAUUUGAGAGUGAAUUUUGGAGACAAUUCCACCAUCAGGGACCUGGGGCCUGUAUUACAAAGGUUAACAAUCAUUGCAGAACAUUUUUUUACGAUUGAUUGCAUUGACUACAAUGCACAAUCAAUCGUGAAAAUCAAGCAUACGAUUAACUGCUAACCUUUGUGUUACGGGAUCCUGGAUACCUUUUAAUCAGUAAGGAAGUCUGAAUAGAUUUGUGAUUUGUAGAUUUAAAUUUUAAAAAUUAUUCUUUUUCUUUGUAAAUUCCACAGGUUUUUCAACCCUCCCAAGGCCUUUGGCAACUAAAAACCACCUGCAAAAGCAUCUGGUGAAGAUCAAUAACUUGAUUCAUGGAUAUGAAUUGUAAUCUAAUUAAAGAUCUGUCAUGUCACAUGCAUGAAAUUAGGUUGGGAAUUGUUGGUGCUUUCUCUAACAGUCGGAUGAUGACCCAAAGACAAAUCAUGUGAUAGUCCUAUGUCUAAUGCUUAGAGAUUAUAAGACCUUGAAAACAUCCACGCACGUCAUGAUAAAAUCAAUACGUCACAUAUCUUCCCGGAAUCUUUUAUUAGAGCAUUUUAAAGUAACAUUGGACAAAAUUCAUAAUAAUCAUGAUUAUCAUAAAUUCAAAUCCACUUGUCAAACAUGCACUGUUAUUGGUGCAUCAGAGACUUUUAAACCUGCCACAUCAAGUUUUCAAAGGAAUCUUUGAGGUAACAUAAAUGGAUUAAAUUACAAUCCAAUUAUCAAAAUUUAUUUUCACCUAUUGCUCAGGUUUGAUGGGUAAAACAUACAUUCUAUAGUUUACACAAAAUCUUUGGUUUUUGUUCUAUUGUGUCUCCAGAUAAUAAAAUUAAUCAUACUUCAUAUCAAAAUCUAUGUUUCAAAAUUAACGCAGGAAAAAAUAAUGAAAGAUAUUCUCAUGGGCAAUGGUUUAGUAAUGAAGGCCUUGCUUUCAUAAGUGCCCCAUGGAUAUGACGCUAAAGUUGCUUUCAUACCCUUCCGCCGAUUACAAAAAUGCCAGGAAUUUUGCAACUGUGAAAUCACCUGGAGAAAAUACCCACAAACUAGGUACUCUUCACAUGUUCAAAAGCUUUCACAGGGUUUUCUUCGCGGUUUGGGAUAUUUGCAAUGCAAAAACAAAUUAUGAAAACUUUAUUUAGCAUGCAGGAUGUGCAUCUUAUAAUUUACUACAGGAAUACCAGUCUUACUGUAGGCUCAUAACUACAAGAACCUUAUCUGGUCUAGGCAGAUGGGAAUGUGAAAAAUUAAUUUUGAAGACUUUAAGUUUUCUUAAUUUGUGAGUAUUUUUUGGUGAUCGUUUGGGUAGGAAAGCACCUACAGCGUAAUGUAAUUGAUGAUACCCAUGACAGAGUCUUGAUGCUGCCGUUUGAUAAACUUUGAUGAUAACUGGUUAUGAGGUAUUUAUAGUUUUCCUGUGUUAUCACAGUUGAUUCAUGUAGCAGGAUGGAGAGGAGAUAAACAACAGGAAAAGUGUGCAAUAAGCAUGAUAGGAAAGAGCCAAUCAGAGCCAGUCCCUAUCUCAAAUUGGCAACUCCGUCGUCUGCAGAUUCUGUAAUAUCAAGUCAACAAUUUGAUUUAAUUGAGGAUAUCAACAUCACAUUUUUUUCCAGACAUAAACGUGAGCAGGACAGGAAUAGUGUGCGCAUUAAUCCCUCCAUUUUGUUUUCAUAAUUCACAAUUAUUUUUUAAAAGUUGUUUGUUACCCUUGGUUAUUUUAGCAAACACCUAAUUAGUUUGAGAAUAACAAUAUUAUGAAAUAGAAUAUAAACUGUUUUAUAUAAUAUUAGAAAAGAAAACAACAACCAAGGAAAAAACAUCAUUAGUCCGAUGAUAUUUAUAGAACGAUGAUGAGCUGAUUCUCUUUCCAUGUUUCGUCCAUUAACCCAGAGAUAAUUGUUUGAUGUUAUAUUUGGUGCAGUCUGACAUUCUGCAAUCUGCGUCCUUUUUUCUUUCUUUCUGUCUCCUAAUUUUUUUUGUAAUCAACUCGCAGCCCAGCCCAUUCAGUACCUUCUUGCAUCACAUGUACAAACAUACUAUUGGAGUUUCCUUUUUUCUUUAUGUAUUUAGUGACAUGUGGUUACAAUUUGUUAUGAAAUAAAUCAUCGAAAAUGAAUUAGAAAUAAUAUUUUCUAAGGUAUUGCAAAGGCUCAAUAUAUGAAUGAUUAUGUUUUUUGUGUAGUGAUUGCUGUCUUUCCACCCACAAUACACUGUAAUGUGUACAUGUAUUGAUGGACAGGAGAUUUUUGUUUAUGUGCAAUAUGUUUGCGUGUCGAGGAAGAUAUUGAGAGAUACUUCCCUGGUUGCCAUUAAGGUUACAUGUUAUUUCAUUUCAGCGUCUGUGUAAUUUUUUUUUUGAAGAAAAUAUAGAUCAUAAAUUCAAAUAUGAUUUUAAAAUUACACAUGCAUUUUUUUAAGUUUUUGCUUUUGUUUUUCGAGAUGAAUGGAGAGAAUGGGGGCAUUUAUCACAAAAUAGUGUAAAUUAGCAAUGUAUGAUUUUUGGAAACUUGAAAUGAAAUUAUAUAUAUUUUUUUUCAUAUUUGGAUGUACUUGUAUCUUUAUUUAAGUGAAACUUGGAACCAUCUGAAGUUCCAAACCUCUCCCAGAGGAAUGCCAUUAUUUUUACUAUGGUGAUAAUUUGUUUAUUUCCUUUUAAUAAAAACUAGCCUGCGAUGUAUGAACAAUGAUAUCUUUAAGAGGAAAUCACAUUUAAGCUGAAUUCAAUUAUCAAAACUCUAGAUAUAAACAAUAAUUUGAAUAGCGUUGCAUAAUAUUUCUUUUGCAAAAUCACAGAACCAAGAACAAUGAGAUAAGUAUGACGUGCUUCAUUAAUAAGACUUGAAGGCAAUUAGCCAUAUUUCUAUUUUUUUUUCUUUUAUUAUUAUCUUAUGUAUUUCAUUUACUUGGUCAUCUAUUAUUAUUAUUUUGGGGGAUUCAAGUCCCUUCCAGACAAAUAAUUGUGUUCUCGAAUUAUGAAUGUUAUUAUCUUUUAAAUCUUAAAAAUGCUUGAAACAUGGGCAGUAGUGCCAUGUUAUGCACCACACUUUGCUUUGAGAGGCACAGUAGGUAUUACAACUUGUUUGUAGCAGCAGUAUAAUAUGUUAUGUAAAAAAAAUACUGAUUUAUCAAAACCUUGAGGUUUAAGUCACUACUUUUUUUCCUCUGAGUUACUUCCAUUGUGUACAGAUAGAGAGGGGAUAAAUAUGUUUCUAUUCUCUUUAACAUGGGUAGUUUCUAUCUAAGUCUGUAUUUAAAAGAAAUAAUGAAUGAUUACCUAGUUUCACUUCUUAAAGAGUGAAAAUAUAUUGACAAAUGAGUAAAAUUUCACUCUUUUCCAUGUUCCCAGAAUGAUAGUCAAUCUCAUGAAAGAAUAUGCUAUAUUCAAUCCAAAAUGAAUAAUUUUUACUGAAAAACCUAGUCAUAUCUGAUAUCACUCCUAAGGUAUUGAACAUUCACUUUUCCAGGGUGCGUUUUGUUUUCUUAGAGUAAGCAUAAAAGUGUAUGUCUUGGUUUGAGGUAUGUUUGUAAAUUAAGUGUUAUAUGACAUUCCUUUUCCUUUGUAACACUGUUUGUCAAUUGUCAUGGUAUCGUUGUAUAAAUUGCAGAAAUUUCACUGGGAAAUUGACCGUCCAGUUAUUGUCUCUUUAUGCAAUCUGUUCUAAUGCAUUAUGUAAUAUUUCAUGUUGAAUUAGAACCCACUUUAUGCAAAGAACAAGCAUGAGUCGCAAACAUCCAUAUAACUUCACAGCUUGAGUGCACGUGUAGUAAUUCAUUGCACUCUAAAGUCAUAGCCUCACCAGGUUAAAUCACUCUAAUACAUGUAUAUUGAUGACUGAAUAGCGAUGCGGCAAUAUUUCUUAUUAAUGCUUCUUAUGCCCUACGUUUAAUAAUCAAAUUUGUCUUCGAAUGAGUCAUUGUUUAGUGUCAUCAAAAAAAAAAUUACAAAGCUGUCAUGUAAAUCCAAGUGGGUAAAAUGGUGGCUUUGUUCGUGUCUGUAGUGGUUUUUUGUGAGUGGUUUGGGGAAGAAAAUAGUCAUUGCUAUAUUCCUCUUUCUUAUACUCUGCAUACCAAAUAUAGUCUCGAUUUAGAUAUGAUGUAUGUUUGUAAGAAUCAUUUGGAAAGAAUAAAUCUAUGCAAGGAUGUGUUACAAAA